GCGCCGCUAGGGGCGGCAGCCGGGCCCCGCAUCGCCCCGCGCCGCUCGGCUCAGGCGGGGGAGGCGGCGGGGCGAUGCGGAGCCCCCUUCCGUGACUCCGGCUCUCCGCCAUGCCAUGGGUUAGGCGGACUCCAUCCCGCAGCCGAGAGGGCACCAGCCAAGCGAGGCGGCGGCAGGAAGCGGCGCGGCCCGGCCGAGGAGCGGCGGCGGGAGGCGGCGGCGGCGGGAGGCGGGCGCGGCGCCCCGCGGCCCCUUCCAUGAACGGCGGCGAGGAAUUAUGAGCCGCGGCCGGCGGCCGGGACUGGCGCUCGCCCGCUGGGGCUUCCCCCGCUGCGCGCCCCGGGGCGCCGGGGCUCCGCUCCCGCACGGCACCCGCCUCGCCUCCCCCGGCAGCCGCUGCCCCCGUCUCCUGACCCCCCGCCGCUGGCUCCGUCCCCCCUGUCCCCGCCGGGCGCUCGGGGCUGCGAUAAUCUCGCUCGCACCCAAACCACAGCUCUCCCGCCGCUAAUCCUGCCCUCUCCUCUCUCCCUCCCUACCCCGCCCCCGGCCCUUCCUCUCUCGGCGCUGCCCUUUCCCCUCCCCAUUCCCCCUGCUCGCCCCCCGGGGCCCCUCCGUCCCCGUCCCCCCGCUGCCGCCGGCGGCCGGGCGGGUGGGUGCGAGGUCGGGGCUGACGGGCACCCCGCCCCUCCCCGGCGGGGCCGUCAUUAGGCUGCCGGUUGAUUACAGGGUAUUGAUUUGUAUGUGCUUCUCCCGGCGCCGGCCGCUCCCGCUGGUGCUGCCGGAGUUCGGGCAGCGCUUCCCGUAGCGGCGGCAGCUCCCACCAAACAUGUCGGCUCCCGCCGGGCCCCGGAGCGGCCCCGCCGCUCCUCAGCCGCCUCCGGCCCCGCAGCCCGAGAUGCCGGACCUUAGCCACCUCACGGAGGAAGAGCGGAAGAUCAUCCUGGCCGUCAUGGACCGCCAGAAGAAGGAAGAGGAGAAGGAGCAAUCCGUGCUCAAGGUCAAAGAAGAGCAAAAACCACAGUCGACACAGUGGUUUCCCUUUAGUGGGAUCACUGAGCUGGUAAAUAACGUUCUCCAACCACAGCAAAAACAGCAAAAUGAAAAGGAGCCCCAGACAAAAUUACAUCAGCAGUUUGAAAUGUAUAAGGAACAAGUGAAGAAGAUGGGUGAAGAAUCACAGCAGCAGCAGGAGCAGAAGGGUGAUGCCCCAACCUGUGGCAUCUGCCACAAAACAAAAUUUGCUGAUGGCUGUGGCCAUAACUGUUCAUAUUGCCAAACUAAAUUCUGUGCGCGCUGUGGAGGAAGAGUGUCUUUACGGUCAAAUAAGGAGGACAAAGUGGUAAUGUGGGUAUGUAACUUGUGCCGAAAACAACAAGAAAUCCUCACAAAAUCAGGAGCCUGGUUCUAUAACAGUGGAUCACAUGCACCACAGCAGCCUGACCAAGAAGGAAUUAGAGCUCUGCGGAACGAGGAAGCACCUCAAGAGAAAAAAGCAAAGCUGCAGGAGCAUCCUCAAUACCAAGGACCACCAGGUGACAUAUCCACACAAGCUUUGGACAAAAACAGAUCUCAAGGGCUCACAAGACAAGACUCAAUUAAGAAUGGUUCAGGAGUAAAGCAUCAAGUAACAAGUGACACAACAUCAGACAGGAAAAGAAGCCCAUCGAUAUCAAGAGAACAGAACAGAAGAUACGACCAAAGGGACGAGCGAGACGAAUAUUCACAGUAUGCUACAUCAGACAGUGCGAUGCCCAGGUCACCAUCAGAUUAUUCAGAUAGACGGUCACAGCGUGGGCCUCAGUUAUAUGAAGAACCUGAACUGGGUGAUUAUAGGGAUUCCAACCGAAGGAGCCACAGACGUUCCAAGGAGUAUCCGGUAGAAGAAGAAGAUGCACAAAACAGGGAAGAAUAUGAAAGGCAGCGGAGAGAAGAGGAAUACCAGGCACGAUACCGAAGUGACCCUAAUUUGGCUCGUUACCCAGUCAAGCCACAACCAUAUGAGGAACAAAUGCGUAUCCAUGCUGAGGUGUCCCGAGCACGUCAUGAACGGAGACAUAGUGAUGUCUCAUUGGCAAAUACUGAGUUGGAAGAUUCUCGGAUGUCUAUGCUCAGGAUGGAACGGCCAUCAAGGCAAAGAUCGGUGUCUGAGCGCAGGGCUGCCAUGGAAAAUCAACGUUCAUACUCUAUGGAAAGAACUCGAGAGGCUCAGGGGCCAAGUCCCAAUCGUCAGAGGACCACAAAUCAUAGCCCUCCUACACCUAGGAGGAGUCCAAUUCCUCUGGAAAGACCAGACAUGAGGCGCUCUGAUUCAUUAAGGAAACAGCACCAUUUGGAUCCCAAUUCUGCUGUACGGAAAACAAAACGUGAAAAAAUGGAGACCAUGUUACGGAAUGAUUCGCUUAGCUCAGACCAGUCUGAAUCUAUCAGACCUCCCCCACCAAAGCCCCAUAAAACAAAAAAGGGAGGUAAAAUGCGCCAGGUUUCAUUAAGUAGCUCAGAAGAAGAAUUGGCCUCCACUCCAGAAUAUACAAGUUGUGAUGAUGUAGAGAUUGAAAGUGAAAGUGUUAGUGAAAAAGGGGACAUGGAUUACAACUGGUUGGACCAUACGUCUUGGCAUAGCAGUGAGGCCUCCCCAAUGUCUUUGCAUCCAGUAACUUGGCAACCAUCCAAAGAUGGAGAUCGUCUCAUUGGUCGGAUUUUGUUAAAUAAGCGACUAAAAGAUGGAAGUGUGCCUAGAGAUUCAGGAGCAAUGCUUGGAUUGAAGGUAGUAGGAGGAAAGAUGACUGAAUCAGGUCGACUCUGCGCAUUUAUCACCAAAGUUAAAAAAGGAAGCUUAGCUGAUACAGUGGGGCAUCUUAGACCAGGUGAUGAAGUGUUAGAAUGGAAUGGAAGGCUACUACAAGGAGCCACUUUUGAGGAGGUAUAUAACAUCAUUUUAGAAUCCAAACCUGAGCCACAAGUGGAGCUUGUAGUUUCAAGACCAAUAGGGGACAUUCCCAGAAUACCCGACAGCACACAUGCACAGCUGGAGUCCAGUUCAAGUUCAUUCGAAUCUCAAAAAAUGGACCGACCUUCUAUUUCAGUGACUUCUCCUAUGAGUCCUGGCAUGUUAAGGGAUGUUCCACAGUUCUUGUCUGGACAACUUUCAAGCCAAAGCCUUAGUAGAAGAACAACGCCUUUUGUUCCUAGGGUUCAGAUAAAACUGUGGUAUGACAAGGUUGGUCAUCAGUUAAUAGUGACAAUACUGGGAGCAAAGGAUCUUCCUUCAAGGGAAGAUGGGAGGCCAAGGAAUCCUUAUGUUAAAAUUUACUUUCUUCCAGACAGAAGUGAUAAAAAUAAAAGAAGAACAAAAACAGUGAAGAAAACAUUGGAACCAAAGUGGAAUCAGACAUUUAUUUAUUCUCCAGUUCAUCGGAGAGAGUUUAGAGAACGAAUGUUAGAAAUCACUCUUUGGGACCAAGCACGAGUUCGAGAGGAAGAAAGUGAAUUUUUAGGAGAGAUUCUUAUUGAGUUAGAAACAGCAUUACUAGAUGAUGAACCUCACUGGUACAAACUCCAAACACAUGAUGUCUCUUCAUUGCCACUUCCCCAUCCCUCACCAUAUUUGCCACGCAGACAACUCCAUGGCGAGAGCCCCACACGGAGGUUACAAAAUAAAGGCUUAUAUUCAUAUAAUUCAGGAUCCAAAAGAAUCAGCGACAGUGAAGUCUCUGAUUAUGACUGUGAUGAUGGAAUUGGUGUUGUUUCAGAUUAUCGACAUAAUGGGAGAGAUCUUCAAAGCUCAACAUUAUCAGUGCCAGAACAAGUUAUGUCAUCUAAUCAUUGUUCUCGAUCAGGGUCCCCUCACCGUGGAGAUAGUAUAGGACGGACUAGAUCGUGGUCUCCCAGUGUCCCUCCCCCACAAAGUCGGAAUGUGGAUCAGGGACCACGAGGGACUCGAUCUACUGCUGCGCAUUACAACACCCUGAACCGAAUGGACAGACACCGAGUCAUAGAUGACCACUACUCCCCAGACAGAGAGAGGAGGACUAGACAGGAAAGAAGAGUGCCUAUUUCAUAUUAUGAUGACACAGCCUAUACUCCUGAAAGGUGGUACAAUGGUGCAAGUUCAUGGGCAGAUCAUGUAGUCAAUGGUUCAGCUGAAAAAUAUGGGAAUUGUGAAGCAGCAGAUAGACAGCCAUAUCAAAGAUCCAGAUCAACAGAGCAACGUCCUAUGCUAGAGCGGACCAACUCCCGCUCCCGAUCCACAGAGCGUCCUGACUCAAACCUCAUCAGGUCGAUGCCUUCAUUAAUGACUGGAAGAUCUGCCCCUCCUUCACCUGCCUUACCGAGGUCACAUCCUCGAUCUGGGUCUGUUCAGACAAGUCCAUCAAGUACUCCGGUAGUAGGGCGAAGGGGCAGGCAGUUACCGCAGCUCCCACCCAAGGGGACGUUGGAGAGAAACAAUGGAGACAAGGAGAUAGAAUCUUAUGAAGAAGAAGCGGAAUCAUCAAGGAGAAGAAACUCAGAAGAAAAGAAAGCAGAUCCAGAGAAUGGGGAUACAGGUGCAAUGGAUGUAGAAGAAAGGAAUCGCCAAAUGAAAAUGAGCAAGUACAAACAGGUAGCAGGAUCAGAUUCCAGGCUGGAACAAGAUUAUCAUUCUAAGUAUCGGUCAGGGCGGGAUCCUCAUCGAGGCUCAGACAAUGUUUCCAAUAAGUCUUCUGACAGCGAUGUCAGCGAUGUCUCCGCUGUGUCACGGACAAGCAGCGCUUCACGUUUCAGCAGCACAAGCUACAUGUCCGUCCAGUCAGAGCGGCCAAGAGGAAACAAGAAAAUAAGAAGGACAAGGGAUAUAGAGGGAAAAAAAGAGGGAGGGCUGGAAGGGGAUGAACAAGAUGAAGUAUUUCCUGAGGAGGAAGAAAAAGUGGAGGAGGAGGAGGAGGCAAAAGCAAAGGAGCAAGAAAUUAAUGAAAAAGGGGAAGGGCAAGAGGUGACAGAAAACUGUGAUAAGGAGGAGAUCAAAGAAUCAGGGCAUGAUGAAAAAGCUCAAGAAGACCAAGCUGAGGAAGGGAAAGAGGAUGACAGCAGACAGAUGGGCGUCUCAGGAAAGAACAUGACUAAGAGCACCAGCAUCAGCGGGGACAUGUACACGCUGGAGAAGAACGAUGGCAGCCAGUCUGACACAGCAGUGGGCACUGUUGGUGGCGGCAGCAAAAAGAGACGGUCCAGCAUCGGUGCGAAGAUGGUCGCCAUAGUGGGUCUCUCAAGAAAAAGUCGCAGCACAUCACAGCUCAGCCAAACUGAAGCAGGGGGCAAGAAGCUGCGGAGCACCGUCCAGAGGAGCACUGAGACAGGGCUGGCCGUAGAGAUGAGGAACUGGAUGACUCGUCAGGCUAGCCGGGAAUCGACAGAUGGGAGCAUGAACAGCUACAGUUCUGAGGGAAAUUUGAUUUUCCCUGGUGUGAGGUUGGCUGCAGAUAGCCAGUUCAGUGAUUUUCUGGAUGGACUUGGUCCCGCCCAGCUUGUAGGACGACAGACUUUGGCAACACCAUCAAUGGGAGAUAUUCAGGUGGGAAUGAUGGACAAGAAAGGACAACUGGAAGUAGAAAUAAUCCGAGCUCGUGGCCUUGUUGUAAAACCAGGUUCAAAGACACUGCCAGCACCAUAUGUAAAGGUGUAUCUAUUAGAAAAUGGAGUCUGCAUAGCCAAAAAGAAGACAAAGGUAGCAAGAAAAACUCUGGAACCACUUUAUCAGCAACUUCUAUCUUUUGAAGAAAGUCCCCAAGGGAAAGUUUUACAGAUAAUUGUUUGGGGAGACUAUGGACGUAUGGAUCACAAAUCCUUUAUGGGAGUGGCACAGAUACUUUUAGAUGAACUGGACCUGUCCAACAUGGUGAUUGGGUGGUUCAAACUUUUUCCUCCUUCUUCCCUAGUAGACCCAACUUUAGCUCCUCUCACUAGAAGAGCUUCCCAAUCAUCUCUUGAAAGUUCAACAGGACCUUCAUAUUCUCGCUCAUAGCAGCUGUGAAACUGUUGUCAUAGCAACCAGCGUUACAAAAAAAUAAAAUUACAGGUCGCAAACCCUGGUAACACUGCAUGCUUAAUGUUGUGUCUUCUGAGCCUGUUUCUAGGGCUGCAACGCGAUCCUGUGUUCUCAAGGAAGUUGCACACAUUGUGCCCUACAGAAGGCCCUCAGGUGAUGGAAUGAAAUCAUGAAGAACUGAUAGGUUUGGAGUUCAGGGACUCAGUUUUGGUCCAAUCUGAAGCCAUGGACUAAACUAAAAAAAUCAAUCUGUUUCAUGCAACAAAAGUCCUUUUCAAUAGCAUAUCUGUUUUGUUGCUCCCGUUGGUUUAUUUAUCUGCCCUCUACUCCUAAAGCUUGGUUAUGCCACAGAAAUGGAGUUACCCUCCCACGAAGCCACGUUACAAGUCAGUGGAAUAGCAGACCGUGGAAGAAAAGAAGAAUGUAAGGAUGCUGGAAAAGUCAACUGGCACUUGCAGCAGUUGCUUGAGGUCUGAAAAAUCUUCAUAUUGAAAAGGUUCAAGACUUAAAGUGGCGGGCUUCAUACCUCCAGCUAUUCACACAGUGAAACCCCAGACAUGAUGGACUCUCUGAAAAAUAAAAUUCUGUGGAUAUACUGUACUGUAUGAAAUUAAGAAACUUUUUUGCAUGGACACAGAUUUAGCUGAACACUUAAAUUAUUUUCUUGGGGCUGCAACUUGCAAAAAAAGAAAAAAGAAUAAAUCAGCCAUUUUCAACAGUUUAUAUUAUUUUUAAAAAUAAAUUUCACUAGUGCAUGGUUUUAAAGGAAAGAGAAUGCAACAGGGUGAUUCAAAGACACACCACGUUUAUCAUUCUUUAAACCAAUCAUGGUCUGUAUUUUUGCAGACUUAUAUUAAAAAUAAAAAAUAAUUUCUAGCAAAUAUUUAAAAUUCUGUUUAUGUGACAAGAAAUAAGUGUAAUAUAUUAAAUUUAUUUAAAUGUAAAAGGUACAAGCCUUGUAAAGUUCAACAUAAUGUGCAAAUUGUACACUUCUUUUACCACCUCCUUUCUCUAUCUCUCCUUCCAGUCUCCCUUCUUCCUUUUGCUCUUUUUCCCCUCUACCUCCCAGGAUGAUCAGAAUAUUCUAAAAUGGCUACCUUUUGACUUAUUACUCUCUUAUGCCCCAUAUUUGGUUCAGGGUUGCAGAUUGUUCUGCAUUUCUGAAUUAUUUGAGAAAAAUACUGAUUAAGAACUUACUUUUUUUCAAGCAUGUUGAAAAGGAUUUUGCAACAUGGCUUGGGAGUACAUUAAUGUAAUUCAGCAUGUAUUUGAUAAAGAAGAUAUUUGAACUUUUUGCAAUUUAUUGUACAGUGCAUGGUAACUUAUUUUCAUUUUUUUCUCACCUUCAAAUUGAAUUCUACAGCAAAAUACUGGAAUCAUGUGGCCAUUGUACGAUGUCUUCAAUAAAUUUGUUUUCAGCACCAGCAUCUUUCAUUCAAAGACUGAGCUAUCAUUUCUUGAAGGUUUUUGGAAAGAGAAAAAAUUAAGUACCUGGUUGAUUUUUAGGAAAUAAAUUUAAGCACUUUUAUUUGCACUAAACCAAAUUGAUUGCUACGUUUUUGAGAUUACAAAAGCAACACAGGUUACUAAUCCAGACAGUUCUUCUGCUGUAAAGUUCAAUUUUCAUAAAUUACAUUUGCAUUGCAAAAGACAUAAUUAGGUAAUAUCAGUCUGGAAAAUAACAGUCUUUGGUUUGUAAAAUAGCCUUAAAGAAAGCUUAUCAGUACCACUCUGACAGCUAUUUGACACCAUUAUCAGAACCUCACUGCAGUUAAUGCAUCUUCAAAAACCUGGUUUUUGUAGCAUACAGUAACUACCAUUGGGUGGUGCUGCAAGUUCAAGCUUCUCAUUAAAUUAUGUUGUUUAAAGGGAAUGUAACUGGCUAACAUUUAAUAACAAAUAUCCUUUUUUUCUGGGUCUUUGUAUGCCUUUAAUACCUACUUAAGGUUUAUUAUUGAAACCUUGCAAUAAUUUUUGAAGUAUACAUUACAUUUACCUUUAAGGCCACACAGAAUUAUUCUGAUUUUAUUGAAAAAUCUACUGAAGUUUCCCAUUAACAAAUUGUAAAUGCCUCGUAAGAGGGCAAAAGUAAUAACAGUAUCACUUAUAAUGCCUUUUACUUUGUGCAAUAUCAUAGAAAUCGAGAUUGUGUCUUGUCUGCAGAGUUUAUAUAAUGGAUUAUUGUUAAUAGACAGACUGGUAAAAUUAUAUUUAUUGAAAUAAUUUAGACACCUGUCUACCAGCAGCAAAUAAAUACUACUAACAUACAGUCUACAAUAUCCCCUAGGAUAUAAACAAAAAUACAUAACCAUUUUCCUGACACUGUGAGAUGUGCUCACACAUUCUUGUAUGCAUAGUCCUAUAUAAAUUAUUUCAAAUUUUAAAAUCAUGGAGAUGACACAUGGAAGGUUUGUACAUACUUGUUGUUAUGCAGUAUUUAUUUUAAAAAAAUUAAUGUAUUUUUUUUAAUUUUCACACGUCUGCAACUCUACUUAUGGUUUAGUCGUGUAAAUAGCACUAUUCCAGUGAUCACUGCUGUCUUGUACAUAGUACGUUUUAAAAAGCUAAAAGGAAUUACAGUUGGGGAAAAAAAAAAGGGCAGAUUAGGCCUGUCAUGAACACCAACUAAUGUAAAUCAAACUCAUUCUGGUGAUGGUAUUUAACACUUUAAAUAAAACAUUUUCUUUACAGAA